UGCAAAUAUCCAGUGAAUAUUAGUCCUCCAUUCUUGUAGUAUGCUCGUGACAUAAGUAGCGUAGUGUUUGUUACUUAUCAAAUAUCGAAAAAUGAUGACUUCUCUGGAAGCAGAAGUAGAUAGUUUACAAGGGAGAACCAUGGAAGAUUCUGCUAUACUCGAAGUGAGUUCGAUGGCUGCUGGGGGUUUGGUUAAACAGGAAAGUCGGGAUGUAGAUUUUCUUUCCAACUACAGUACUUCGGUUGAAGGAUCUGUGGUGGCAUCCCCAUCCAUCGGUAGUUUUUCGACUUUACCAGAACAAGAGAUAUCUGAUUUCCCUGCUGAUGCCAGAGAUCUACAGGUUAAAGUAGAUAAUCCUCAAAAACAUCUUGAAACGUUGGAAACAUUCAUUACAUUCCGGAUUACAACACGUACAUCACGUCCUGAAUUUGAAGCAUCUGAAUACAUAGUACGACGUCGCUACAAUGAUUUCAAUUGGUUGCGUCAAAAACUUGUGGACACAUACCCUACGCACAUUAUUCCUCCAAUGCCAGGUAAACAUACACUCCUUGCUCAACUGGAUCGAUAUUCAAAAGAAUUUAUCAUGGCCAGAAUGAAACUAUUACAUGGAUUUUUAAAUCGUGUCGUUAAUCAUCCAAUUCUGAGUUGCGACAAAAAUCUCUAUAUUUUCCUGACAGCCAAACCAGCCGAAUUUUCGAUUCAUCGCAAAACUCGGAACAAUGUUCUUGUAAAGAUGACUGAUUCCUUACAAAAUAUGGCUAGUGUAUACACAAUGAAGCAACGGCAUCUUGAGCUGGAACAAGUGCGAGAUUAUUGCGUUGCAUUAGUUGAUAAACUCUUGACAAUAGAUAAAAUAAGUCAUCGAAUUCAAAAAGAAAGACAAGGUAGAAUAAUUUCUAUUAACAGCAUACCUGAGAAUGCAGAUAUUCGAGAAUAUUUAAUGGAACUACAUCAAUUACAUCCAAUAUUUACCCUUUGGGCUUCAUCUGAACCAGAGUUGAAUCCUAUUCUGAUAGCAAUUGCUAAAGCUGUCGAAAAUAAUGCUGUAGCCCAUCAAAAUGUACUCGAUUCAUUCCCAGAUGAAAUAAGAGAAUAUUUGGCAUACAUUGAUGCUGUAAGAGAUACUUUAGUCCGACGUGAUGCAAUGCAGAUUGAGUAUGAACUGACCGUCGAAGACUUGACCAAAAAACGACAGGAAAAAGAUCAGUUACUGGGUGCUGGAACUAGUUCUAAUAACUUACCAGGAUGGGGUGGUUCACUGUGGAAAGGUGAAUCACGUGAUGAAAAGCUGGAAAGAGUUGGACAAGCCAUUCCUCGUUUGGGUAAAAGAGUGGAGCUCUUGCAGGAUCGUGUAGAAUGUGCAAAUGAAAAUUUGCGCAGUGACUUAGAACGUUGGAACAAAGAAAAACGGUCAGAUUUGAAAUCUAUGCUUAUAUCUAUGGCUGAUCAGCAAAUUUUACAUUAUCAACACUGUAUGGAUGCUUGGGAAGAAGUGCUGGCGGGUCUGAAAGUCGAUAAUGUCGGACUAGAAAAUACGUUAGAUGCUCCUCUUAAAAUUCCAGCAUAAAUUACAAAUCACGUUCUAGUCUUGUAUUGAAUACAAAAACGCGUGUUGUUAUAUUUUCAUCAUUAGUAUUGAGAUCGAAUAAGAUGCUACAAUCCAUGUUACCCCUGGACAAAGGAUAUAACGAUACUAAAAUAAUGAGAUAUCUUUCUUGACAAUAAAAAGUUGUAUAAUAUUAAUUAAAUUAUAGCUGCAAUAUUAAAACAAAAAAAAGAUGUAAUUUUUAGAUUAUAAAUUCCGUUGAUCCAUCGGUAACACAAACCAGUGAUUGUGCGUUAUCUUCAAAAUAUCUGCUGUCGCUUAAAUUCGAUCGUGAUUUCGCGAAAUUAUUGGAAAAUUAAAAACGAGUUUUCGUUAGUAUUACUAAGGCCAUUAAUUUAUUUAUUUAUUUAUGGUUUGGUAGCUAUCAGAAUGUUAAGUUAGCUAUGAUGAAUGGAAAUUUUUUUGGUAUAUGCUAUUGUGUACAUAUAAGGAUUUGAGAUACAAGCUAUCAUUUAUGAAUUCAUAACGCUAUAGAAACCAAUUGGCUUACAAUUAGUCGCACAUCAGAGUCACAGAAUUUAUAGUUGUAAGUAAAUUUCUAUGAUGAUAUUUUUCAUGUUAGAUACAGAUGACUUAUUUUGACUAACUGUACAUUAUUGAUAGCAUAUCCUUAAAAUAGCUACUAAUGUAUUUCACUGAGAAAGCAAUUAUUCGAUACUGUAUUCGGUCUCUAAUUAACAUUAUUUAAUAAAAAUUCUGCCAUGUGAAAAUAAUUGUUGUGGACCACUCAAGUUGUUUCUUGGAAAUAAAUGUAUAAAAUCUAAUAAAGUUAAUCAUCACCCCUAGAA